AUUGCGUUUAAGUGCUUUUCCUGAGACUUAAGCCCCGAUAAUCGUUAAGUACUGGUCCCGGGAGAUCUUGACUUGACGCCUGUUGCUGAUGAGUCAGAUUCGUAGUUACUUAUAGACUCUUUGAUGAGUUUCAUUUUUUUGCGGUUAAACUACUGGAGCUAACAGUGAAGCUGCUACGAACUGUUAGCUGAGCCGUUGGUAUGAGCCAGCAAAGAAACCUGAUGAUUGGUCCUGGGAUCUUGGAUGCCCGAGAGGUGUCCCUUGCCCAUCUGCCUGGAGACGUCCCCAACCCCCACCCCGCAACUGCCUGCUGUCGGAAGCCUUGCCGUUGGGUGCUGGAGAAGCAAAAGACUUUGAGAAGGACCAGCCCUUUGAACCUGGAUUUUUCUGUGGGGGUCCAACCCCCACACCUGCUCCCCGCUCGGCUGCUGGAGGGCGGUUGCUGAAGUGUCUUUCGAUUGGGCGGAAACAACCGUCAGUCACUCUUGACCAGCGACUUUCUUGUAGCUGACAUCUACAAUGUACUUCUGAAGCUCGGACAAGGACUACUUCUUGGUCACCACCCCCCCUCCAGUAACCCUCUCCCUCCGUCCAACAUGGUGCCAGUUCCAAAGAUGCAGCCAUUCCUUGCCAUAGUAUUUACCCUUACUUCCUGCAUCCUGUCCGUCUCCUCCACGGCCACGCCUUUCCCCAAAGACCUGGAGCCAAUCAACAUUGUCGGCCGGCAGCACUCCCAGCUGCACCCCGGGUUUCAAGGGCUGACGUCGGACAACGACACAGCACGCUUGGGCCUGGACUUCCAGAGGAUGCUGCGAAUCAACCACAUGCUUUACAUAGCAGCCAGGGAUCACGUGUUUGCGGUCAACCUCAGUACCUCGACGGAGCAGAUUGUUCCCCAGCAGAAGCUGACCUGGAAGACGAAGGAUGUGGAGAAGUGCACAGUCAGGGGGAAGAAUAGCGACGAGUGCUACAACUACAUCAAAGUUCUGGUGCCCAGAGACGACGAGACGCUGUUCGCCUGCGGCACCAAUGCUUUCAACCCCACCUGCCGCAAUUACAAGAUGUCCACGCUCGAGCAAGACGGGGAAGAGGUGGUUGGUCAAGCUCGCUGUCCCUUCGAGUCCCGGCAGUCCAACGUGGGGCUCUUUGCUGGGGGUGACUUCUACUCAGCCACCAUGACUGACUUCCUGGCAAGCGACGCCGUGAUCUACCGCAGCCUCGGUGAGGGAAGUCCAGUCUUGCGCACCGUAAAGUAUGACUCCAAGUGGCUACGAGAGCCUCAUUUUCUCCAUGCCAUAGAGUAUGGGAACUACGUGUAUUUCUUCCUAAGUGAGAUCGCAGUAGAGUACACCACACUUGGCAAGGUGGUAUUUUCACGGGUGGCACGGGUCUGCAAGAAUGACAAUGGCGGCUCCCCACGGGUGCUGGAGCGCUACUGGACCUCGUUCCUGAAGGCCCGGCUGAACUGCUCGGUCCCAGGGGACUCCUUCUUCUACUUUGACGUGCUGCAGUCACUCACCAACGUGCUGCAGAUCAAUCAGCGGCCUGCUGUGGUGGGCGUCUUCACCACCCAGGCCAACAGCAUCACGGGCUCGGCCGUGUGCGCCUUCUACAUGGACGACAUCGAGCGCGUCUUCAACGGGAGGUUCAAGGAGCAGAAGAGCAGCGAGUCAGCCUGGACCCCAGUGCCAGAAGAUCAGGUUCCCAAGCCCAGGCCCGGAUGCUGUGCAGGUGACGGCCCAGCGGCCGCCUACAAAUCCUCCAUCACCUUCCCCGAUGAAAUGCUGACCUUCAUUAAGUCCUACCCACUCAUGGAUGAGGCGGUGCCCUCCGUCAAUGACCGGCCCUGCUUUACCCUCACCGGCAGCAGAUACAAGUUAACCCAGGUUGCCGUGGACCCCUCCGCCGGGCCCUACAGGAACUACACCGUGCUGUUUCUGGGCUCGGAAGAUGGCAGGGUGCUGAAGGUGCUGGCCAGCGUCCACCCGAACGCCACCUUCGCCUCGCAGCUCCUGGAAGACAUCGACGUCUACAAUCCCUCCAAGUGUAAUGUGCACGGGGAGGACCGGAGAGUCCUGGGCUUGGAGCUGGACAAGGAGCACCACGCCCUGUUCGUGGCCUUCUCCAGCUGCGUCAUCCGCGUCCCGCUCAGCCGCUGCUCUGACUACGGCUCCUGCAAGAAAAGCUGCUUGGCUUCCCGUGACCCAUACUGCAUCUGGCUGAAGACAGGAAGCUGUGCCACCAGUGCACCGGGCUUUAGGGCCGGGUUCGAGCAGGAUGUUGAGAACGACCACGCUGAACACGUGGACAGCUGCCAUGAUGUACUGGCCACCACACGGAAGCAGAACAUAGCCAUCGAUUCCGCUUACGGUGUCCGACGUUUUCCCGAGGCAGACAAAUCCAGCAACAGUGUCCACUACACCCUCCUGAUCGCCUGUGUCUUGGUGGCCUUCAUCCUGGGUGCCAUCCUCUCUGGGUUCCUGGUGUCCUGCUACUGCAGCUACAAUGUCCAUAAGACUAAGAGGCUCGGCAAGGACCCUGAGGCAUCCAUUUCCCAUGCUCUGUCCCUGCGAAGUCUGGCCAAACUCAACGGUUUGCUGGAUAGCCAGGGUAAGGAUGAAAAGCUGGACGUUCCCUCACCCAAGCUAUACAAUUCGUUCCUGCCCAACGGGAAGGAGCAUCAUUCAAGCGGGAACUGCCGGUCUGGUGUGGGGAUGGACCUCACCCCACACCACCACUCCGAGGAGCUCUCAGGCCUGCCUACGCCAGACUCAACCCCAGAGCUGCCCAUCAAAAGUAUGAAGGCCUUCAGGAAUCAAUGGGAGAAGAACCAAAACUGCAACAAUGCCAAAGACUCGAGGCCACCAAGUUUGGGCUGCUCCCGGUCCAGCUCGAGCAUCGCCCAGCAGGCGUUUCCCUUCUCUCAUGGUCUGGCGGAAGGGCAGGCCCUCGGCAGCGCCCUUCACCUGGAUGACCGGAAGAUCCCCAACGCCGAGCGGCUGAUGCCUCAGCCUUAUCCCUGCUAUCCCCAGACGGUGGUGGACGUCACCACUCUGGACGAACUUCUCAGGCACAUCCAUGAGACCAGUGCGGCCGGUGGUAAGAACUUAGCCCUCUUGACUUCGGCCUUGCUCCCCAGCGGAGGACCCAUGGCCUACAGUGGUCGGGCCCAGGCACAGAUUCCUGACACGGAGUCAUCCUCGUACUAUAGCUCCUCCACGCUGCCUCGGGACAGCCUGACACGCCGCCUGGAUGUCCCGCCCGACAUGCCGCCUUCGCAGUCUACCCUGGAGAGGACCUCGCGCCACCCAACGCAACGACACGGCCUGUUAGCGCCCUCGAAGAUGGCCACCAAUGGCAGCAUCGUGUCCCGCCAGCACAGCUUCAACCAUCGCAGUGGUCACCAGCCGCCCCCCUUGUUGGCACGGAUGAACUCCGUGGGCAGUGCCAGUGAAGUGCACCAUCCUCUUAUGGGCACCGGCAGCAGCCACCUGGCUCGUCAGCACAACUACAGCGAGGGGCCCCAGGGUUCCCGGGGGGCCCUGGUUCGCCGGAGCUCCUCCCUCAAACCCGACCUGCCACCCAAGCCCCACUUCCUCCCCGCCACCUCCCCUGUCAACCCACGGGAUAAGUUCAACUACUGAGGCGCACUAAGCAAGACCGGCCACCCAGCCUUAACGGACGAGAAAGGACAGGAUGUCAGUGAGGGUGUAUAGGGAACUCUGGGGAUCAGUUCCCAUGUGGAUGAAGCCACAGACCUGGCCACACCCCAUGUGUAUUCCUCAAGCCCCAAACAAACCUCUUUGUACCAUAUUGGUAUUGCUUAAAUAGUCGUUUCCCAAAAUCCAUGACUCAGUCUUCUUCGGGACACCUUCAAUCAGCUGCCCCAGUGUUUGCUUACACCCCUAAAUCCAACCAAGAUUAAAGGGGUCAAGACCUCGAAGUCCAAGAUUCCUUCAGGUCUGGAUGGUGACCAUUUCUGAAUGGGUCCGGCUCUUGAGCAUCGUGUCCACGUAGUCAAGCUGAGGGAUGCCGCUCAAUCCUACCUUAGACGUGUAUAUAUGCAUGUGUGUAUACGUACGUGUGAGUGUCUUCAUACACGGUAUAUGUAUACAUGCUAACACGGCAUAUAGUGUGCACUCCUUGGUGUAGCAUGGCAGGCUCUCUGGAGGCAUCUGUGUCCUAGCUUAUCCCCGGGCUGCAUUGCAGGAGCCCUGUCGGCAGAGGGCGUCGUCCCUAAAGGUCCUCCUGUCCAUCUUCACUUGAACGAAACUGAGCAAUCAGAUGGCGGUGGUACGGCAGACUAGUCGGGACUCCGGGCCACGGUGCACCAUGGGGAUGUGCUGGGUGGCCAUGCACAGAGAGCGUAGCCUACAAACAGACUCCUCUCUGGAGAGGUCAAUAGAGGAAUGCAACACGGAGGUGGAAAGUUCAUUUAUAAGGAACACCGGUGUGGCAACUGCCCCAGUAAGACGGAGGGAGUUCACUGACCUCGCCAUAGCCGGCUCUGCUUGAAGCAAACAAGGCGUCGACUUAUAGUGGGUCUCCUGGAGAAAUGUUUGGGAGGCUGGUGCUAAUAUUUACUGAACACUUUGAGGCUGUUCCCUUCUCCCACAAAUAAGACUGAAGCAGGACUUGCACUAAGCGGUUUUAAACAAUACGGUUUAUCCCCUGGCAAGAGCAUCAGAUCAAACUGCAGAACUUGCAGAUUAAUGGAGUUUAACAUUGUAAAGACAGCUGUUAUUAUAAUUACCACAAUUAUUAUUAACUCUGUGUAUAUUUGUGUAAAUAAAUGAUACUGUGGAAUAAUAACUAGCCAAAAUUUAAUUGUAUGUGUAAAUGUGUGCCUUAUUUAAUAUAAAAUGUGAUACGGACAAUGUUAUGGAAAGAAUAGGAAGGUUGUAUUUUUUUGUUGUUUUGUUAAUUUUACUCACUACUGUGUAUCAUAGCCAUCUUAGAUUUGUAUUUUCUCUCUAUUUACUAUCCCAAACCACGAGACAGUGUUAAAAUGUAUAAUGCUAUGAUAAUUGACUUUGUAGCUUGAUGCUACAAAUAAGCUUUCGUAGAAUAAUUGGCCAACAUUAUUAUUAUUUUUAAUUCCAAUAGGGCAGCACAGUGACCCAGCAGGUGGCGCUGUUGGACCUCUGGGAACGUGGUUCGAAACCCAUCUCCACUCUGUGUGUGUGGAGUUCGCACCUUCUCCCCCAUGUUGUGUGGGUCUCUUCCCACUAUCCAAAGACAUGCUGUUAGCUGAAUCUGCAUCUCUAUUGCUCACAUCGCGUGUGUGCCCUGUGAUGGAUUGGCAUCCCAUCCAGGGUGUACCCCAGCCUCGUGCCCUGUGAUGGAUUGGCAUCCCAUCCAGGGUGUACCCCUCCCUUGUUCCCUGUGCUGCCUGGGACAGACACUGAUCCCCCUCCCCCAGUACUGGAUAAGCUUUUAUAAGAUGGAUGGAUGUAUUUUCAGAUUAUUUACAUGCUGUAAGUAGUAGCCAGUAGUUUGGUUUAAAUGCAUUUGAAAAGCAUCAUGGUAUAUACUUUUCAGGCCCGAUGACCUACAUUUUUGAAGAAAAUAUACAUUUUGCCACAUGACAUUUGGGAGAAAAAUAUAAAAAUCUGUGACUGGUGUCAGUUCACAAUGGCUGGGGAAACUAACUCCUUCUGACAUGUUUCCCAGUCAAACCAGCCAGUGUGAGAAUUUGUAGUUUGCCUCAGGUGACUAGGAGAGUAACCUGGCUGUUUUAAUUACCCGAAGGAAGUGGAAUACUUCGGCAACCUGCAUGCCACCCCCACCCCC